AUGACUCAGAGUGAACGUGUAAUGGCUGCGCGCAACGCAGUCUCUGAAGGACGCUUGUCCCCUGAUGAUGGACAACGCGUUGCUCCCACACACGUUCCUGUUCCCGAGGUCGCUUCUCUUGUUCGACUCUCCUUCCAUCCUAACCACCGCCAGGCCAUUUGCGAUCUCGGUGGCCUCCAUGCCCUCUUGAGUCUCCUUCGCUGGGAACACGCAUGGUGGCAACUUCGAGGAUAUGAAUCCAGUUCAGGGGCUCGUCCAAUUCCCCAGGUUCACUCAACAACUCCACCUACCGGGGCUGGUCUGGGGACAAUGCCUCUCCAUCAGAUAGCGCCUUCCACGUCAGCAGCUACUGCUGCAGAAGAUACCGUCACUGGUGGAACUUCGGGCCCCAUGACGUCGGCUGAAAACAGUCUAGCUCUUAGGAGAUACAUAUGCGUGGCCCUAACCAAUCUGACUUUCGGCGCACCUGCUAAUAAGGCGUUUGUCUGCAGGAGACGGAGCCAUCUAGAGGCUCUUAUUGCGCAGUUGGAAGUUGGAAGUGAAGAACUGAAACAGGUUGCAGCGAGCGUUUUGCGUAACCUGAGUUGGCACACUGAUGCUAGGAGCAAGGCGGCACUGCGUCGUGCACAAGGGGCUACCCGUCUCACUCGAGCAGUACUCUCGGCUCAACGUGAAGCCACCCUUCGAACAACUCUCAACGCUCUUUGGAACCUCUCCUCGCAUUCCACUGCUAAUCGGAAGGCUGUCUGCGGUGUAAAUGGGGCUCUUGCCUUUUUGGUGUCAACACUUGAUGCCAAGAAUCCCAAUAAGGAUGUGGAGAUAAAGGCCAAUAGCGGUGGGGUACUUCGCAAUCUCUGUCCUGUCAUUAUCAACAGUUUGGAAUAUCGAGCUGUGCUAAGGACUCAUAAUUGUAUCUCAAUUCUCCUGGAGCAAUUAAGAACGUCACCAAGUGUAACAGUCGUAGUAAAUGUCUGUGAAGUUUUGGGAGCGCUUUCAGCAGCACCACUUCGCGAAGCGAGGCCGAGUUCUGCCCUCCUAUUUGAGUCUGCUACGACUGAUCAAGCUCUAAUGAUCCGUUUGGGAGCUCUUGAUAUUCUUCAUCGUCUUGCACACUCAAGACAUCGUUAUGUUGUCAGUAGCUCAAAACAGGCUCUAGAAAACCUUGAACGCGCUAAUCUUUUCCUUAAAAAUCAACGUGUUGUCCCUUAUCCGGCAAAUACAGAUGCUUCUACUUUUAACCCAGCUACGACAACCAACAGUCCUGUUACUAGUAAUACCUCUAGUCCUGGAACAGCCUCUCCAGCAUCACCUGCAGAACAAGUCUAUCGUAGAAGAAUGAGCAAUAGAUCUCAUCUUCGUUUCGGUCUGCUCUCUGUAGUUCUAGAGACCAAUGAUGAUUUCGAAGAGGAGGACGAAUCUGAAGGUGAAUCGACUGAUUGUGAAGAUGAAGAAGAAGGAGCUGAUGAAGUGGACAGUGUUCCGGAGGAAGGAAAUAGUACUGAAUGCUCCUCAAAGGCCUCUGAAGCUGGUGGUGAAGAGGAAGCAGAUUUCAAACUUCCGGAAUAUCCUACCACCCCACAUGACGAUCACAGUAUUGAACCCUCAACAGAAAAACCCCCUACUCCACCACCACCUCCUGCUUAUGCUCAAGUUUCUGUUGAUGAAGAGGAGCAGGCUUGUGUGUACGCUGAAGAGGGCACCCCAUUUGGACCGUCUGCUCGUGCGUCGACCCUGGAUCUCAGAUCACCACCAAAACAAGAUAUUUAUGACAAUUUUGUCCCACCCCAGAGUCGUUCAAUGCAUCCCUAUGUCAACGUAGAUGUUCAAUCUAAGUCUGCCACACCCAAUAAGAUUGCUUCAAGCAGAGUAUCUUCCCCUGGGUUUGAGACAUCUUCCAAUGGUGGUGGCAUGCUCGAGACUCCGCUAAUGUUCUCUCGUGCAACGUCUUCAUGCCUCUCUUCGGUCGACUUUGGUCCCCUUCCACCUAUAGAGUCCUCUCCAGAGAGUGUAUACUCUGUUGCAUUGGAAGAUGAUGGAGAGGAUCCAAAUGAAGCCAUCGCGUUGGGAACGAGUCCUAGUGACCUUCCACCGGAGCUCAUUGGUGAUGGUAAGCCAAAGGCCAAGAACCUUGAAGGUGAAGAGGAAACACAGAUAAUGUUUGCUGAAGAAGGAUCACCACUGGACAGCAACUCACUGAGUGAAGAUCAGGAGUCUGCUGUAGCUGUUCCCACAAUGUGGAGUCCUGAGCCAGCUGUAGAUAAUAAUAAUAUUCUUCAACAAUGUAUCGCCUCUGUUAUGCCUUCUGCUGUGCCUGUAAAUCAGCCAAAUAGUGCAAGAUAUGAUGAAGAAGACGUAGUUGUUGGUGUUACUACCACUGAAGAUACUAUUCAAUCGUUUGCGGUCGAAGGAACUCCAUUUGUCUUCUCAACAAAGAAUAGUUCACUCAGUGAUGUAUCAAUUACAGACCCAGAAGGCGAUGGUAGAGGAUGCGCUGCAACAUCAGCUUCUUCAGAAAUUUCAAAAUCUGUAUCCCCAAGGCAGUCGAUUUUGAAAGGUGAUUAUGCCUGUUCUACUGAGGAUGCAAGUUCAGUUAAUGAAGUAGAAGAAGAGGAAGGUUCUGUCAAUCUCCUCUCAGAGGUUAUCCAGUCAGCCCUUCCAAAACAGGCAGGGUUUACAGCGCCAAGAACUGAAGUUGUUGAGACAGAUAGUAGUGAUAGUGUCUCAGCAGCUGUUAGAUCUAAACCGAGUGGUAUUCCUACUGGAAGUAAGUUGACUGUACCAAGAAUUGGAUUUGGACACCCGGUUCAACAAAGGCGUCCGCAGGCGACUGUCGCUCCUAUGCCUCAACGAAACACUGAAGAGCGACAUCUUCAACCCAUUGAAUCAAUAAAAUCGGAGGAGAAACAAAGUAGCGGAGGAAGUGAUGCGGAUAAUUCCUCCUUCUCAUCUUUGUUGAGUAUUGAAUCUGUCGGUAUGGAGACCAGUCUUUUACAAGAAUGUAUCUCUUCUGCAAUGCCCACUCCAAAACUACCCAUUUCAUCUUCCUCUCGGGGGAUUGCUGGUAGUGCCAAGCGCAUGAAUCCAGUUCAACAGCCAGUUGAUUUUUCACUUCCUCCACCAUCUGCAACAGCACCAAUUACAACACCGGUUUCACCACACUCUUCUCAAUCGCCUUCCCCACUAGCUGUCUCAGAAAUCACUCCGAAUAUACGCCAGAAACAGGAUAAUCAAUAUCAGCUUAGAACUCCACAGAACAUCACCCAACCAAGGGAGCAACAAUUGACAACACCAAACACGACAAGGCUUCGAAGAGCAAGACAUUUUUUAGCUCAUGGUUCCGGCACUGCAGACGAUCAACCACCACCCAUCAGCAGAGCGCCGGACAACCAGACAUCGUCAGUCACCAACCGUCUACUCCAGCCUCGAAAAACGGGGAUUUCAUCAUCGGGGGUAUUGAGGUCACCCCGAACAGUCUCCGGUCUAGACAACGGAGUGGGGCGAGCUCUAAAGGCUCCUCUCCCAAUGUCUGGCAACGCUUCACCAAACAACACUAAGUCGUCCACUUCGGCUUCCGCUACAUCCCAUACACCUACAGCUGUUCUGAAACCAUUCGAAACGGUCAAAAAGGCAACGGAUGAUGAAUGCUUCCUUCUUCCACCACCCUCUGGCAGCUUCGAUGCAGAUGAUGAUUCUGUGACAUUGGUUGGUGACAGCAGUCCACCCUGGAGACCAUCACCCCCUUCAACACCACCACCGCCAUCACGAGGUGACACUGAUAAGAGCGAGGAAAGCAGCGAUGAUCAUUUAUUGGAUCUUGACGCAGUUAUGAAUCGAUCAGACUUAUCUCUCAUAUCCGAGAAUAGUAAAAUUUCAAUGACUGCAAAGAAAGAUCUUACUACUCCAUUGAGUAUUAAGCCUCCUAGCAAUGGUAUUCGCCAGAUUGCAAGUCCUGGCCCGGGUCUGUUGAGACCUCCAUCCUCGGGUCUUCGCAAACACACAACCACUGGACUGCCGAUGAGGUCAAGGUCAACAACUGCAUCAACUUCUCCGUCUUCUUCUGCGUCAACGUCUCCUGGUGUUAGAGCCCAGUCAGCAAAUCCUUCACCAUCUUUGACUAGUAGUGGCUUACCUCGGCUCUCAAAGCUUCGAUCCCCUGGUGGAGGCGUUUCAUCGACUUCUCUUCCACGUCUAGCAAAUCCGUCUGCAUCGAUACGUAAGCCUUCAACUGAUCCACCUCGCUCAUUAACAGCGUCUAAUGCCAAGUGUCCAGCCAAUCAAGCGGGUAACAAAAUCGACCUCACUUCAUCACGUCGCUUUGGCACUGUAUCUACACGAGCAACACCGACCACUGCUCGCAGUCCAGUCACAACUGGACAACUGCAAAGGGGUGUUUCUACCACUCAACCUGCGAAAACGCCAGUUCCUCGGAGCGCACUCAAAUCUCCCCUUACCUCUGUUAUAACUACAACCACACCGACUGUAAUAGCUUCGGUAGCGGGAGCAAAGAAGGUCAUUCGAACGGGAGCUGGGUGCGAGGCUCUAGUGAAUGAUCAAGAAAAACAGCGCCAAAUGGAGGAAGGGAAAGCUAUUCGUGGUGGACGGAAGAUUCCAUCGUCUACGGUCCGGAGGCCCGGAAUGAAUACUCCCUCUCCAGUUCAACGUACAAUUACAGCUCCAUCGGCAAAAUCUAUAACGGCUCCGUCUUCUCAACCAGUAAUUAAUCGACCUAGACCCGGAGUAACUAACGCACGUUCAGUUCCUUCCUCACUACCACAAUCCUCAUCAGUCACCAAACCUCCCAAUUCAGGCCUAAAACCACCUGGAUUUUCAAGUACGUUGCCUUCUCCCGCUAGGUCAUCUAUUCGACCUCCACAAACACGAAUGGUCAAACCUUCGAACAUUACAGAGCCGGCAAAACUCUCAUCCUCAACAACAGCUGAAUCUUCCUCUUCCAAUUCAUUGGAUCAGUGGAUAGUUCGUCGUGAGCUUACCAGUUAG